GCGUCUUUAGUGUAUUAAUUGACUUUAAAAUGAGUAUAUUCUGCAAUUACUGGCGCAUAAAUAGAUGUUAUAAGAGGUCAUUAGCAAUGUCACGUGCUAAUGGAAGACGCAUACUGCCAGUGCUCGUGGUGAUGCGCCAAAGGUUACGUAUGGGGUCCCUACCCAAACACUUAUGUAAUCAAAGUCCAAUCGGAUCGGGAGAAGUUGGAAUAUUGAUCACUUGCCAAAAUCCAUCAUUUUCGCAUUUUCAUAACACUAUAGCCCGUCCUGCAGCGUUCGUCAUAUUUCGAAAUGUGCAUGCUUUCGUAGAAAUUUUGUUGAAAAGGAAAUGGCGCCUCAAAAGCGUAAACAGCUCCAUGAUGCAGGCGUCGAGCGUUCUGCGUCUGAUGCUCCUCCGCGCCGGUCGACUCGCCAACAUCCUGCUAUCGACCCAGAACCCAGCUACCAAUCAAGGAGCGGCCGACUACGCGUCAGUAAUAUUGAAGAACCACAUGGAGAAGAUGUGGCGCGACCACUCUCUGGGGGGAGGAGAACCGACGCGCCAAAGCCGAGAGUUGCAGCACCCACCGACCCCGCCGUCGCGACGAUGACAUCGACCAGAACGACCCGGCACAAUAAAGUCACGGCGUCAGCAGAUAUUGGAAUCGGUGCAGCCUCCGUGUUACCCGUGUCAAAAGAGAAUAUACGACCACCAACCCCUCCGGACGAUGAGGAGAAACACGUAGCCCCGGCUCAAUCUAAGUUGUCUCGUCAUCACCAUAGCACUCAAACACGCUCUCGCUCACGUUCCCGCUCCCCAUCGCAAUCAGGCACACGACGAACUUCCUCUACUCUUCAAUCGCGCACAUUCACUGCACGGUCUUCACAGCGACCAGCACCCGCGCCCUGUGCUACAACUACCACACCGAAACGUACUCCAUCAAAGAAGGUCAAGGCCACCAAGCCCCCAGGCACACCUCGCUCCGAUCGCAACAUUGAUGAAGUUGUAUUUGGAAAUACUUGUUUCAAAGCCUGGUACCCCUCAUAUUAUGGGAAGGAAGUUUUAGGCGAUAUCUCAGCCAAUGCCGGAGGCAACGCAAAAUUUGGGGGCGGAAAGCGCGAGCUCCCCUUCCUCGAUCGAUUAUACAUUUGCCCAUGUUGCUUCAAGUAUUCAAAGGAGAUGAUCCCAUGGUGGAAGCACGUCCAGUAUUGUGAAAGAAAAGGCCAUGUCCCUGGAACUAAAAUCUACACGCAUCCACGCCAGUCCCAGGCAAUGAAGAUCCCGCAUAUAGGCUCAUCAACAUCAACAAGCCCCUCAGCAAUAGCGAAAGGGAAAGGCAAGAGUAGGGGUGACGAUAAAGUUCAGUCGGCUGGUGUGACUGUCAGUGAGGGGGAGUGGAGUGUCUGGGAAGUAGACGGUGGGAAAGACGGUCUCUUCUGCCAGAAUCUCUCCCUGUUCGCGAAGCUUUUCCUAGAUAACAAAUCGGUUUUCUUCGACGUCAGAGGGUUUAAUUACUUCCUCCUCGUCUACACACCACCGCUCUCUGAAACACAUACGACCUCUCCGACACACAUCAGUUCACAUCCCGAGUCCCUUGCCGAACCCGAAAAUACCACACUUAAUACAUCAAAUCCACCCACCGACGUCUUUAUAUCACUGUCGUCGCAUCCUAGACCGCAGAUAGUAGGCUUUUUCUCCAAAGAGCAAAUGUCUUGGGACAACAAUAAUCUGGCCUGCAUCUUGGUAUUUCCACCAUGGCAACGCAAAGGUCUUGGCGCCUUACUCAUGGGUGUUUCAUACGAAAUAUCACGACGUGAGGGUAUUUUAGGAGGACCGGAAAAGCCCAUAUCAGAAUUAGGACGCAAGGGAUACAAGCGAUUUUGGGCCGGUGAGAUCGUACGGUGGAUUCUCGAGCUAGAUGUUCCUACAUCCUCUGUCCAGUCUGUUCAUGCUAUGAGGCAUGCGAGAAAAGAAAAAGAGAAGGAAAACAAUCAAGUGAAUAAUAGUGUUGCAGAACAAGAAGACCUUAUCAUCGAUGUGGAGCAGUGCUCCCGACAUACCUGGAUUGUCCCUGAAGAUUGUCUCGCUGUGCUCCGGGAGAUGGGAGUUAUCGAGGAGGCAGAGGUCGAGCCACCUCGAGACGGGGGGGGCGGAGGUGCGGAUGUAGCUACAUAUGGGAAGGAAAAGGAAGAAAAGGAAGCGGAAAUACCAAAGGUCCCUAGGAUAAGGAUUAACAAAGCUGCCGUCCGUAAAUGGGCGCAGCAGAAUAAGAUUGACCUAACCCGGGCUUGCGAUCCUGAUGGGUUUGUGGAGGGGUAUGCUAUCAAACAAGACGAAGAAAACAACGAGGAAGAGUGAAGUAGCGUUCUCGAUCGCAUUUUAUCUAGAGAAGGGCAGGCAAGCAUUGGGAAUAUGUUUUCAGUUUUAAUAGGUAGGAUGGGGUGUGCAAGCAAGGCGUCUAGAGGAUGAAUAUCAUGGCGUGUACCAACACAUGUUGCUAUCGUGUGUCCGAGAUCAAAUGUAAUGCAAAUUCGAAUAUUUAUUCACUCCAUCAAUGUUAUC